AUGAAAACCCACGUUUUAUCUAGCAUUUUCGUCCUAGUUCUCUGCCUCUACAGCCUUAAAAUUACUGUCCAUGGAGCUGGAGAAUGUGGGAGGAACCCUCCAGAUAGAGAAGCCAUAAAGCUGGCUCCUUGUGCAAUGGCUGCACGAGACAAGUCUGCCAAAGUUUCAGCAACUUGCUGUGUUCGAAUUAAACAAAUGGGGCAGAACCCAAAAUGUCUUUGCGCUGUCAUGCUCUCCUCUACAGCUAGGAACUCUGGAGCAAAGCCAGAAAUCUCAAUGACCAUUCCUAAACGCUGCAACAUCGCUGAUCGUCCCGUCGGUUACAAAUGUGGAGCUUAUACUCUGCCUUGAAGUAGCAGACAGAGCAAUAAAGGUGUUCUGAAACGAGUAUAAAAUGUCACGUAUGUGUAUUACUUGGUUUCAGUAAUAAAACUUGACUAAACACGAUUGUUGGUUAUGAAAAUAUAACUUGUUACUAAGAUCGUGAGUAUUUUAUUUACCAUACAUUAGUGGUAGAUGCGG